UGCCAACAAAACGCAUUCAUUUUCCGACCAAAACCUUAUCCUUAACACACGCAACCAACACUUUACGCGCCCUUCACGCGUUCACAAUCUCGUUGAAGAAGACAGAGUUAGAGACACAGAAGCACACGCAAAACAUGUCGAAACAGACUUACAACGUUUGCUUCUGUUGCCGGCGGCGCUUCAAGCUCUCCGUGUCAGAGGCUCCGCCGGAGAUAAGGACUCUUUUCGAACGUUACUCCGAUGAGAAUGGGGUGAUGACAGCGACUCACCUGCGGAGUUUCCUUGUUGAGGUGCAGAGGGAAGAGAGGAGCACUGAGGAGGAAGCACAAGGCAUCAUCGAUGGCCACAAGCAUUUGAGUAUCUUCCACCGAAGAGGUCUCAAUCUCGAGAGUUUCUUUAACUAUCUCUUCAGUCAAAACAACUCACCUCUCUCACCUUCUCAAGUGGUGCACCAAGAUAUGACUUUUCCAUUGUCUCACUACUACAUUUAUACUGGUCACAAUUCAUAUCUAACUGGGAAUCAGCUUAGCAGUGACUGCAGUGACGCCCCCAUCAUCAGUGCACUGGAGAGAGGUGUCAGGGUGAUUGAAUUAGAUAUAUGGCCUAAUGCAUCAAAGGAUAAUGUGGAUGUUCUUCAUGGAAGGACUUUGACUUCUCCAGUAGCACUCAUCAAAUGUUUGAGGUCAAUUAAGCAGCAUGCCUUUGUAGCCUCAGAAUAUCCAGUUGUAAUAACCUUAGAAGACCACCUUACCCCUGAUCUUCAGGCCAAAGUGGCUGAGAUGAUUACUCGAACAUUUGGAGACAUACUGUUUUGUCCUAGCUCAGAAAGCUUGAAGGAAUUUCCUUCUCCUGAAUCACUUAAAAGGAGGAUUAUUAUAUCAACAAAACCACCUAAGGAGUACCUUGAGGCAAAAGAAGUGCAGCAAAAGGAGGAGGAAACACAGAAAGGAAAGCAUACAGAUGAUGAAGAAGCAUGGGGGAGGGAAGUCCCAAGUUUAAGAGGUGGAACUAUCUCUGAUUACAAGAACAAUGGGGAUGAAGAUGAACUUGAUAAUGAGGAAGAUACUGAUGAAUUAGAAAAUAAGCGUCAAAAUGCAUCACAAGAAUACAGACGUUUGAUUGCCAUUCAUGCCGGGAAGCCUAAAGGUGGGUUAGAGGAAUGUCUCAAAGUGGAUCCUGAUAAAGUGAGACGUCUAAGUUUAAGUGAGCUACAGCUUGAAAAGGCUGCUGAAACUCAUGGAAAAGAAAUUGUCAGAUUUACUCAGCGGAAUAUACUUAGAGUGUAUCCCAAAGGUACUCGCAUUACCUCUACAAAUUAUAACCCAUUGAUUGGGUGGAUGCAUGGAGCUCAGAUGGUUGCAUUUAACAUGCAGGGGUAUGGGAGAUCUCUUUGGUUGAUGCAUGGAAUGUUCAAAGCCAAUGGCGGAUGCGGUUAUGUUAAAAAACCAGAUUUUCUAUUAAAGGCAGGUCCGAAUAAUGAAGUCUUUGAUCCUAAAGCUCAUUUGCCUGUCAAGACUACUUUAAAGGUAACCAUAUACAUGGGUGAAGGAUGGUAUCAGGAUUUCAAGCACACCCACUUUGAUCAAUUCUCACCACCAGACUUCUACACAAGAGUGGGCAUUGCUGGAGUCCCUAGUGAUACAAUUAUGAAAAAAACAAGGAGUAUAGAGGAUAAUUGGUUGCCUUCAUGGAAUGAGGUAUUCGAGUUCCCACUUGCUGUUCCAGAAUUGGCUUUGCUUCGUAUAGAAGUUCAUGAGUAUGACAUGUCUGAGAAGGAUGACUUUGGUGGACAAACAUGCUUACCUGUGUGGGAACUAAGAAGUGGAAUUCGAGCAGUUCCACUACGUUCCCGCAAAGGAGAAAAAUACAACAAUGUGAAGCUUCUCGUGCGCUUUGAAUUCAUUUGAUUAUGUGCAUCCAUCUACUCUAUAUGUUGUACAGUGUUGUAAUAUUGUAAAUGUAACUUAUUUUGAAUGAUGCUUUUUAUCCAAUGUGUUUAUUUUAUCUUUAACUGAAUAUAUCUGAGGCUGCGAGUGAGUGAGACUUAUCAAAUCUAUUGGGGGAUACCAUGUCAAGGAGUGUGUUUCCGGGGAUUUUGAACAUUGUUUUAAGAAAUAAUAAUAAGAUGUGUGCACACACUUUAUUUUGUUUUCUUGAGGAGACAUUAAGGAGCUGUGUCAUUUGUGUUGUAAGGCUUGUCCAUGUUCAAUUUAGAUGUAUAAAUGGCUAAUACUUCAAUUUGGAGCUGUUUGAUGCUUUGCAUUUUAU